AUGCCAGAGCAACCUUCAUUGGCAAUUCAUAGCACCUUCACCCAGUACGGGCCUGGCCAAAUAGGCUUUAUCGACGACGAGAGCAGUGAAACGGAGGGUGCACCUGUGUACACGCUUAGAUCUCUCGUCAAACCGUUCGUCAUCAAGCAGUGGGUCUAUCGAGGCAAGAUAUAUCGGGAGCGCAAAGAACGCGUGCCAUCGCGUUUCGAACUCUUCUUUGAUCUCGUAUUCGUUGCUAUUGCGCACCAGCUGAGUGAUGCUGCCGCAGAGCACGCCGGGGGACCAGGUCUGGCACAGUUCAUAUUAACAUUCUUUCCGACAUGGGGAUUAUGGAAUGAAACGCGUGCCUUUAUCAACGCAUCAGGAACUGACGAUGUACUACAACGCGUUGGGGUUCUUUACAUGAUGGCACUACUCCUAGGCUACACUGCGAAUGCAUCCGCCAUUACCUUGGGCAAUCACGGUGGCAACCAGUCGACGUCUACAGAGAGUACCGCAGGGGAAUCAACGACCCAUGCAAUAUUGGCUGCGGUACUGGCUGAGGGGGGAACCUCUGCCCAUACGAGCGACACGGCCCUCGUUACAGCGACUGCCUUCUUCCUCUUGGCAAAAGGACUAAGAAUCAUCUUCUUUGGAAUGUACGCGGUGGCAUUGCCGACAUUCCGAGCAGCUCUUUUAUUCCAGGGACUCAAUCAAGUCAUCGGGUUCUUCUUAUACUUUCCACUCCUCUUUGUGCGGAGUCCAACCGCUAUCAUUACUCUAGCCUCGCUUGGAAUGGCUUGGGAGAUUAUCAUGCGAUACUCUAUUGGGAUUUAUCGAGUACAAUGGGACAGUGUACUUUCAAGAUUCAAGAGAAAGGCACCGCCUGUAGUAGAAAAGGAGGACCCAGCUCCGGAAGUGGAUGUUGUGAAUGACCCGGACAGAGUUUCUCAAGUAGAAGAGCAACGACACUUGCUCGGCUCCCACGUUCCAGCGCUAAAUAUCGAGCACUUCUUGGAAAGAACUGCCGCCUUCAUCGUUAUCGUUCUAGGCGAAAUGGUUCUGAGUGUCGUGUAUCACGCAACACCAGAACAAGUAGGGUUCAAGAAGAUCUAUGGCAAUGCUGUAUGUGGUCUGAUAAUCGCAUUCAAUUUUGGCUGGUUAUAUUUCGAUGCAGAGUGCAGCCAUCGGUUCUUGCAUGCUUUACGUCGAAACUGGUUCACGGGCUUAACAUUCACUAACCUUCAUUUCCCUCUCUCGGCCGCUCUUAUUCUGGCUGGUGCAGCCACCUCGAGGAUGACGCAGCAUGAAGAUCAAGUAAAUGAUGCAAUAAGAUGGUACUUUGGAGGCGGACUAGGAUGUGCGAUGAUCUCCAUGGCCCUGAUUGGGAUGCUCCAUCGCAACUUGGACCCCCAGGGAACCACCAAAUUAGACAGACAUGUGCAACUUGGCUUCCGGCUUGCAGUAGGAAUCAUCAUGUGUUGUCUACCUCUCAGCAAGCUCUCGCCGCUUGAGUUAAUGGGAAGCUGCGCUGGGCUCACCACCUUUUUGGUCGUUGAAGAGACGUAUGGGAAGCUUCAUCGAGGCAAGAAAGGACCUACGUCGGAGCCGGACGACGUACCUCGGACGGGAAGUCCUCAACAAGAAUUGAUGGAAAGUAGGGCUGGCGAUGCAACGAGGGAGGAACAUGAAAAGAAGGAGAACUAG